AUGUCCUCGGUGGUGGCCCCGCUGUCCCCAGGGGACAGCAGGGCCACCCCUGCCCUUUGUCCCUUCUGGGCCCUCGGUGUCCCCACCCUGUCCAGGGGACACCUGGGGUGCUGCCACCUGACUGGGGACACCCCAAAAUUUGGGACACCCCAAAGUGGUGGCACCUCAAAAUUUGGGGACACCCCGAGCUGGGGACACCCAGAAUUGUCCCCUCAGGCACGGGGGGUGGUGGCUUUGGGGUGGAGGGACCUGGUCCCGUAUGAAGCCCCUGGGGACACCUUGGGGACAUUCUUGGGGCCACCUUGGGGACACUCCUGGGGACAUUCCCGGUGCUCCAGAGCCUCUGGAAUCGGUGACAUUGGUGUCCCCAGGGUGGUGACAGAGCCUGCUGGGUCCUUGCCCUGUCCCCACCCUUGGGGACACCUUGGGGACACUCCCAGGGCCAUUCCCAGGGACACUCCCAGGGACACCUCAGGGACACCUUGGGGACACUCCCAGAGACGUCUUGGGGACACCUCGAGGACACCUUGGGGACACUCCCAGAGACGUCUUGGGGACACCUCGAGGACACCUUGGGGACACUCCCAGGGCCAUUCCCAGGGACACCUUGGGGACACUCCCAGAGACAUCUUGGGGACACCUCAGGGACACCUUGGGGACACUCCCAGAGACGUCUUGGUGCCACUCUCAGAGACAUCUUGGGGACACUCCCAGGUUCAUCUUGGGGACACUCCCAAGGCCACCUCAGGGCCGUUCCUGGGGACACUUCAGGGACAUUCCCAGGGCUGCCUCGGGGCCACCUUGGGGACAUUCCCGGGGCCACCUUGGGGCCAUUUUGGGGACAUUCCCAGGGCCACCUUGGGGCCAUUUUGGGGACAUUCCCGGGGCCACCUCAGGGCCACCUUGGGGACAUUCCCAGGGCCACCUUGGGGACACUCCCGGGGCCACCUUGGGGCCAUUUUGGGGACAUUCCCAGGGCCACCUCAGGGCCACCUUGGGCACACUCCCGGGGCCACCUCGGGGCCACUUUAGGGACAUUCUCGGCGCCAUUUUGGGGACACUCCCGGGGCCACCUUGGGGACAUUCCCGGGGCCACUUUGGGGACAUUUUCGGGGCCACCUUGGGGACAUUCCCGGUGCUCCAGAGCCUCUGGACUUGGUGACAUCGCUGUCCCCAAAGUGGUGGCCCAAACGGGGACACCGCAGCUCCUGCCACCCUUUUAUUUCCUUUUUUUUUUUCCCUUUUUUUUUUUCUUUCUUUUUCCUCCUUUCCCCCUCGAUUUUUCUUUUUCUUUUCGGUUCAUUUCCGUUGUUUUUUUUUUUUUCCUUGCUUUGGGAAGCUCCUCCCUCGCCGUGAAAUAACAAUCGUGGUAACCACA